ACCCCAUUUCAUUCCGCUUGCUGAGUCACGUACCAUUCUCGCGUCACGUACCCAGCGCCUCAACCCCCUUUUAGCAUCCUUAUCGCCAGAAUUCCUCGACUCAACGCCCUCAGUCACGCGUUUUCCACGCGAUUCUAGAUUCAGACACCCUUCGCCUUUGAUUCUCUGAAAUUUUUGGCGCGGAAAAGUCAUGUUUUCGACGCGUUUGCCCCCGUUAAAGAUCCACAGAGAUGCGCUCGGACCCUCGUCAGAACCCGGCUCGGCAUCGACCCCAACCUUCCCCCCCUCGUCAGCUUCCUCUAACCCCUUACAACUCACCAACGGCAACUUGCAGCCCAUAAUGUUCCGCCCUCCCAUUGUCGGUCCUUCAACAUCCCCUUCUAAAAAGAAGCUUCACUCCAGACAGAACCAGGCCCUCAAUAAUCCAAAGCACUCGAGUCGCAUCCCCUUACCCAAGCGUGUUCUCCAGAAUACCUUUGACAGGAUAUCGAUGCCUCCACCGGAACCCGACGCGUUCCCCACUGAUUCCCCAUUGAAAAAACCUCCAAUCUCUGUAUUCAAUACUUCGUUCGCCCCGAUGCCUGCUGCCCAGAUGAGAAAAACCCAGGCUGCCUUCUUCACCAGUUUCUCGUCCUCCAAGGCGAGUUUCGGAAAGGAGAACGUGUCGCCUGAACCUAGAUCUUCCGACGACGACAAUCAUGGUGGGAAGCCAUUGACGGGUCUGAAGGCGGCCCCCCGACGGGCCUUGAUGGAGGCAGCACCUAUUAAGGAGAAGAAAGUUCUGCGGGAGAAGAGCAUUUCACAAAACGCGUCUUCUUCGCCAGAAAAAGAUGUGCCACUUGCCUGGGAACCUCCAGUUAUCGUGGAUGAUGGAAGAAAACCGCCAUACAGCUACGCUACACUCAUCGGCAUGGCCAUCCUUCGAGCUCCGUCGCAAAGAUUAACUCUCGCCCAGAUAUAUAAAUGGAUCGCGGACACAUUCCUAUACUACCGAACAUCGAAUAAUGGCUGGCAGAAUAGCAUCAGACACAAUCUAUCGCUCAACAAGGCAUUCGUCAAGCAGGAGCGUCCUAAGGAUGACCCCGGAAAGGGAAAUUAUUGGGUUGUUGGAAGUGGCUUCGAGCAUCAGUUUAUGAAGAACAAAAAUUCACGCAAGUCCGGAUCACACUCAAAGAAGGGUUCGGCUGCGUCCAAGGCCUUGAUGCUGGAAGAGAUGGAAAAUUUGUCACACCCCGAACCUAUUAUCGAGAUACAUGUUGAGCAUGCCGAUUCCACCGAGCACGCUGGUAGUACAGAUACAAUUGAGGACAAGGAAGCGGCAUUGGAAGAAUUAUUGACGUUGUCGUCCGAUGCAACUAGGAGUGCUAGUCCUGAGCCACGACAAAUGCCAGACGAUGACGACGAUGUGUUUCGACCAUCUUCUCCCCACGGCAAUGCUACAACACGAUCAUCUCCACCACCCCCUAUCAUGUGCUCUUCACCACCCGUCACCCGCAGCCAAGUCCAGCCACAUCGUGAUUCAACCCCCCCGUCCAUGUUCCCGUCUACAAGCCGGAAGCGGAAAGCACCUCCCAUGGGAGAUAGUGGCUACUUUUCAUCACUUGAAUCAUCGGUUGUACGGCCAACCAUUGAGGAAGAUAGGCCUAGGAUCAAGCGGGGCCGGGCUGAGGAGGACAUCGCCCGAAUCAGGCAUUCUUCACACGAAAGCCCCAUCCGUAGGAAUACAAUUGGAGGGGGAAUGAGUUUCCUAACCUCAUCACCCAUUCGGAACUACGACAAUAACCCAAUGCUCCCACCUCUUACCCCGGCGACCAUGCUUCGUCCACGUAACCCACCAAUGUCGGUUAGUCCGGCAACCAGUCUCCGAAUCCACCGCGACCGUGUUAGGCAGCUCGUGAAGUCCCCGUCCCGGGACAUUGGCGUCCUGGAGGACAAUCCCUGGGGUGCCGCCUUCGCAGAGCUCACGUCCGGCAGCUCCGGCAUGGAGAACGACAGCAGCGCACCGGACGAUAUCGAGACCAUCGUUUCGAGAGCGUGCUUCGGAUCUCCCGACAAGCGAGCGGACAAGAGGCGGGAGGUGCGGAGGAGUUAUGAUGGCGGAUUACGCUCUGCGGACCUCCUCGGCGAGGGCUUCCUCGAGCCCCCGGACGUCUUCGGCGUGGACGUUUUCGGCGUCAUGAAGAGUGGCUAUGAGAAGUUUACUACUGAUGGGUUCGGAUCACCGUCGACGCCUGGGAGACCGGACCUGGGGAGGAGUCAUACUACGGACUUUUGAUAACAUUAUAACCUUUCCCGGUUGAAAAGUAGUUGGUAUGUGUUUACGACCGAAACGACGGAAUGUCUUCUGUUUGCAGCGGGUAUUUUUGGGGCAAAAAAAAAAAGUAACAUGGAGCGAUUUCUUUUGUGUCCUUUUUUUCACUUCUCUUAACUUUUUAUUAUCCUUAUUACUAUUCCCUCUUCCUAUUAUUUCCAUCUAUUUUAUCUGCUCUUAUUCUUCCCCAUUCAUUCUACCCCCAUUUUAUCCCAUUUCAUCUUAUGACGACCCUGACGACGCCAUGACCAACAACGGGAGGCUAAGAUAAGGCAUCAUCAUCAUCACAUAUCCAUUCAGGCGUGCGUCUUCCUAUUCUUUUCCUUUCUUCCCUCUCCCCUUCCUCUCCCAUUUCUCCCUAAGGAAGGGGGAAAGAGAGUCCUGUAAUCUUUUUCUCUUUUCCAUUUUCAUUCUCGUUAUCUCCUGUUUCGUGGUUUAUCAAAUCCCGGGGUUCUUCGGUCUGGUGGGGGUGUUUUUCUCUUUCUGCUUCUCCUAUCAAUCUGUCUUUGUCUACCUGUCUGUGUCUGCCUGUAUUUCUUUGUUGGGUUUUGUGAUACUCGUUCCAACAAUUGUUCUGUCCAUUUGUCUGUCUGGGUGGCCCUCUGUUUAUACCAUUACCAUUGUUCUGUCCUUAUUUCACAGGCGAAUACCCCUUCACCCUCUUUCUCUCUUCCCACUUGUGAUUACUGCAGCCUCUUAACUGAACCUGUAAUUUUCCUGCCCGUCGUGCGCCUUCUAUGUGAUUUAUUUAUUCCAUCUUUCUACCCAUCUGCGGAAAGAUCAUGCAUGGAGGUUUUUUUUUUGGUUGUUUUGUUUUCUUGUUUUUAUUUUUAUUUAUUUAUUUGGUUGGCUUGGACCGGAACGGUUGGUAUGGGGGGGUAUGGUACGGUAUGGGAAAGUGCAUAGCGGGAUUCGUGGUUUUUAUUUUAUCCAUUUACCAAAGGUUUGUGUAGUGUCGUAUUUAUUUAUUUAUUUAUUCCAUCCA